AAAGCGAGUGGCAAAAACGUGAGAAAUAAAUAAAAGAAACUGAAAAAUGGGCAAGGCGAAUCUAUGGUGUUCUUGUUAACCCUAAAUACAAAACAUACCCUAAUUAAGGGAGGCAGGCGAAGCGAAUCGAAUUACAAUAAUAUCCUCCUAUUAUAAUUAGUUCUACAUUUUGUUUUAGGAAAGUGGGUGAAGAAAAUGGUAUCGAAUUCGGAGCUGGUGAAGCGGUUACACGAGAUACUAAGUACGUCGGACCUUAAUACCACUACCACCGGAAUUGUUCGCCGGAAACUUGAGGAAGAGUUGGGUGUCAGUUUGUCUGAUAAGAAAGCAUUUAUUCGGGAACAAGUUGAUCUUUAUCUCCAAUCCCAUUUUGAGCAACAGCAAGAAGAGGAGCCCAAUCAAGAACAGCAAGUUGAGCAAGAACAAGAAACAGAGGAGCAAGGAGAAGAAGAAGAAGAACAAGAACAAGUUGAGCAAGAAGAAGAAGAAACAGAGGAGCAAGAAGAAGAUGGGAGUGGUGAUGAAAAGGCUCCUCUUACCAGAACUAGACCUAAGAAGCAGAAAAAGAAAGUCAAAAGAAAAGGGGGUGGAGGGGGAUUCGCCAAAGUCUGUAGUCUCUCUCCAGAACUUCAAAAUUUCACCGGGGUUUCUAAAUUGCCGAGAACUGAGGUUGUAAAACAGAUGUGGAAUUAUAUUCGAGAAAAGGAGUUGCAAGAACCAUCCGACAGGAGAACUAUAAAUUGUGAUGAUGCAUUGCGUGCCCUUUUCAAUGUGGAUUCUAUAAAUAUGUUUCAAAUGAACAAGGCCCUAGCUAAGCAUAUCUGGCCAUUGGAAUCUAACGGAGAAGAGCAAGAAGAAGGAGAAGCGGAGGUGGCAGACGAAGAAGGCAGUGACGAUGAAAAAGCUACUAUAAAGUCUAAGAAGCAGAAUAAAAAUGUGAAAGGAAAAGGAAGUGGAGGCAGUGGCGGAGGCGGAUUUAAAAAAGUAUGUAGUCUCUCUCCAGAACUCCAAAAGUUCACUGGAGUUCCUGAAUUGCCAAGAACCGAGGUUGUAAAACAGCUAUGGAGCUAUAUUAAAGAAAAUAAUUUGCAGGACCCAUCAGACAGGAGAAAUAUAAUUUGUGAUGAUUCGUUACGUGUCCUUUUCAAUGUGGAUUCUAUAAAUAUGUUCCAAAUGAACAAGGCCCUAGCCAAGCAUAUUCGGCCGUUGGAUUCUGAUGCUUCAGUCAAUUCUACGCCAAAGGAGAAGCAGCUUAAGCAUGAGAGAGAAGAUUCUGACGUACCAAAGAGAAAGGAGAAGGUACCAAAGAGAAAGGAGAAGCGCCAGAAGAGUUGUGAUACAGAGGAGGUGGCCACUAUUCCACUUUCAGAUGCUCUGGUGAAGUUUUUGGGUACUGGUGAAACUUCAUUAUCACGAUCUGAUGUUAUAAAGAGGAUAUGGGAAUACAUUAAUCAAAACAAUCUCCAGGAUCCAUUUGAUACAGGAAGGAUAAUAUCUGAUGAGAAGCUGAAAGAACUUUUUGAAGUUGAUACUUUUAAUGGACUCGCUGUUACAAAAAUCCUAAAGAGUCAUUUUGUUAAGGCUGAAAAGGAAUCAGGAAGAUGAUGAUAAAAUAGGUGCCGGUAUUUUAAGGAGAUGUGCUAUCAAAAGACAUAUGUGGCUUGCUUUGCUAGUAAGAAAUCCUGAGGUAGGCUUGUUGUACUUGUGGACAUAUGACUCUGCUAUUUGCUGGAUUCUUAUUCCAAGUUUUGUACCCAUGAGAUCUUUGUAGUUGACAAGUCUGACCUAGGUUUUAAAUUUCAAGGACGAUUAAUUGACAUAAUAUAUUUUCUGGCUGCAAGAGCUUAAAUCAGUUGAGUUUAAAUUGUAAUCUAUUUUCUGUUUGUUUUGAAGAAUAU